GAAAGUCAAGUCCGCGAGUCAAGUUUUGAUUUUUGUGGUGGACUGAGGCACUUCUUGUGACCAGCAGGAGCUCGACCUGCUUGCUGCACGCCUACCUUCCCUUCCCCUCUCGAUCACGCUCCUGCAACAUCUCAACUUCAUGCGCUUGCGACCACAAUCAAAUAUCUCCGAUUUCGCUCGUCAUCACACACUCUCUCUCACGACUACCACAUCAUCGGGGAAGCACCGCUAGACCGCACACAGCUAGUUCGAUCGUCCAGCUUGCUGUAGCAGCAGCAUGAAUCCCAAGGAGAACGAAAUGGGCAGUAUGCAAGACGAAUCUCGAGCCCUUCAUGCCGAGGAAGAAGAGGAAGAGGAGGAGGAGGAGGAGGAGGAAGACUUUCGAUUGACGGGAGGAGGAGAGGGAGAAGAGGUGAUUGGGGAUGAAGAUGAAGAGGGAGAUGUGCCCAUGGAUGAUGGUGAUGCGGACGGGGAUGCAAUCGACGAAGCCAUCGGUGCACAUUCAACUUCCCAAGAAACGCAUCAGUUCAGCGAUACAUCCAUCGCCGCCUUCUAUUCACAUCGACAAUCCAUCUUUAGUAUUUCGCUUCAUCCCUUCUUUCCUCGCGUGCCGUUGGCGUUGACAGGAGGAGGGGAUGAUAAAGGGAGGAUAUGGAAUACGAGAGAUGGUGAAGAGGUGGUGCGACUUGAUGGGCAUGAGGAUAGCGUCACUUGCACAGCUUGGAAUGCGGAAGGAAGCAUGGCUGCCAUUGGUGGAAUGGAUGGACGAGUAAGGGUCUGGAGGGCUAGGCCUUCUGCCAACGCCAACGCCAACGCCAACGCCAACGCCAACGCCAACGCCAACGCCAACGCCAACGCCACACAGACGGAGACGCAGACCGAUUGGAACACAUGGGAAUUCUUGACCAAUUUGGAAGGUCCUGAUGAAAUCACUUGGCUAUCUUGGCACCCCAAAGGGAACGUCUUGACAGCGGGCGGAGCCGACGCGACAGUCUGGAUGUGGCAGUUGCCAAGCGGCAAUGUGAUGCAAGUCUUUUCGGGUCACACGGCCGGCGUAUCUACAGGCACAUGGACGCCCGAUGGCAAGAAAUUGGCCACCGUAUCGGAAGAUGGAUCUCUGAUAGUGUGGGAUCCCCGAAGUGGCUCUCCGCUGGGCAAGAUGCAAUCCAGCGAUACUCGAUUUCCCUUUUCGUCUGGCAUCACCUCGCUUUGCGUCUCUUCGGAUGGCAAGGUGUUGUUGGUAGGCGGGGCAGAGGGGGAUGUCAGAUUGGUCAACAUCGCGGCGGUAGAGCUUGGAGGAGGAUUGAACGUCGUUGGAGAGUUGGUAGGACAUGCAUCUGGAGAAAGUAUUGAAGGAAGCAGUUUUGUGGAUCUUUCUGGAAACGCUGCUCUUGGUGUUGGCAACAACAAGGACAAGGAGAACGUCGGACCUCCUACGCACGCUAUCACUGUCAGUACAGAAGGUAAAGGCAUAGUGUGGGAUUUGUCGUCUGGGAAGAUGAGGUGCGAAGUGUACCAUUCCACCUCCACGCCCACCUCGGCCAUCACUGCGCUAUGCAUGCACCCAGGAACAACGCUCUUCAGCACGAGCAGCGCAGAACCGGAUUGCACAAUCAAGACGUGGGAAGCGAGAACGGGCGCUUGCAUCUCUACGCAGCACGGCUUUACGGAUAGCGUGCUAGCUAUGGAUGUAGGCAGGGACGACGGCUUCACGCAGGGCAAGGAUACGGGAGGUUUGGGCGAUCAUACCAACCUUGACAAUGCUAAGGGUUGGAAAAUCGUCGCGGUGGGAGAUGAGGGCGUGGCGUUGGUGUUUAGGGUCUGA